UGAAAAAUAAUGAGGAUUUUGCUCUUCCUAUGGCUGGUCUUAAUACUCGCGCAUACCAACCCUUUCAGCAUAGGCACGGUUUUGGUCUCGGGCCAGUGUCUCAGCGAUCAGAAAUCGCUGCUGUUGGAAUUCAAGAAUAGCCUCGACUUCAAUGCUUCUUUGUCCACGAAAUUGAUCAAAUGGAAUCAGAGCACUGAUUCUUGGGAUGGCGUGACCUGCGAAGGUGGCCAAGUCACGGGUCUUGAUCUGAGCAAGGGGGGGAUCACUAGUGGACUAAGCAAUUCGUCGAGUCUUUUCAGACUCAAUUAUCUUCGGAUGCUGAAUUUGGCUUUCAACAACUUACAGUCUUUGGAGAUUCCAUCUGGGUUGGGUAAUCUCACCAAUUUGGUCCACCUGAAUCUUUCAAAUGCCGGGUUUGCGGGACAAGUUCCAAUUGGAAUGUCACAUUUGACCAGGUUGGUUACUCUUGAUGUAUCCAUGCUUUAUUUUCCUGGGCUCACUUCACUGAAACUCGAGAAUCCGAAUCUAAAGAUGCUUGUUGGGAAUCUUAGCGAGCUGAGAGAGUUGUACCUUGACGGAGUGAACGUGUCUGCUACAGGCAAUGAAUUGUGCAGUGCCUUGUCUUCUUCGAUGCCUAAGCUUCAAGUGCUGAGCAUGACGAAUUGUUAUUUAUCAGGUUCCAUUGGGGCUUGCUCUUCCCUCCUGAAUCUUCAUUUUCUGUCAGUGAUUAAACUGGGCUUCAAUAAUCUGUCUACUACCGUCCCAGAGUUCUUUGCCCACUUCCAGAAUUUAACUACUCUGGAUCUCAGUCAUUGUGGCCUGCAGGGAGAAUUUCCUCAAAAAAUCUUCCAGGUACAAACACUUCAGACCCUUGACCUAUCAUUCAACCAACUUCUUCGGGGUUCUUUGCCAGAAUUUCCGGAGAAUGGUUCUCUUCAGAGGCUGGUUCUUAGUUUCACAAAUAUUUCCGAGAGGCUGCCAGAUUCAAUUGUUAAUCUCAGAAAUCUGUCAAGAAUAGAAUUGGUGAAUUGCAGCUUUGAUGGAAAUAUCCCAAGCUCUUUCGCGAAUCUUUCUCAACUGGCUUAUUUGGACUUCUCAUUCAACAAUUUUACUGAUUCAAUUCCAUCACUCAGCAAGUCCAAGAAUCUGACACAAAUCACUUUGUCCCAUAAUAAGCUAACUGGUCAGAUUAAUUUAACCCAGUGGGAAUCCCUCUUGAGUCUUCUUAUUCUCGAUCUGCGAUUCAAUUUACUUGAAGGAAAUGUUCCUUCAUCUCUCUUCACACUUCCAUCAAUUCAGAAGCUUCAACUUUCCAACAACCAAUUUUCUAGUCAAGUGAAGGGAUCUUUUAAUGCUACAUUGCACAUGCUGAAUACACUUGAUUUGAGCAACAACAACAUAGGAGGAGAACUGCCAAUGUAUAUAUGGAAACUCCAAGGGCUCAAGUACCUCUCACUUUCUUCCAAUAAUUUCAGUGGGUCGUUCCAUAUUAAUUUGGUUCACCAGUUGAGAAACCUUUCUUAUUUGGAUCUUUCUUACAAUCGUUUUUCCAUCAACACCACAAAUACUGCUUCCCAGGCGUCUUCAUUCUCUGACCUUACCACUAUGAAGUUGGCUUCUUGCCAGUUGAGGACUUUACCUGAGUUCCUGGCUGAGCAACACAGAUUGGUAUAUCUAGACCUCUCUGACAAUCAGAUUCAGGGAAAGAUACCAAAAUGGAUAUGGGAGCUUCAGAAUCUUCUGUAUCUCAAUCUUUCGGCUAAUUUACUAGACGAUAUUGAAACACCAUUACCUAGUCUCACAUUUGCUCUGUCAGUUCUUGACCUUCAUAAGAACAGGCUCCGUGGACAAACGUUACCACUGCCGCCGCUUGCCACAUAUAUGGACUUCUCGAGCAACAACUUCACUUUAGACAUUCCACCUACUAUUGGCACGACCCUUUCUGUGGCAAUAUUCUUCUCCAUGUCCAAUAACAAUAUCCAGGGGACUAUGCCAGAAUCGAUUUGCAAAGCUGAAUAUCUCGAGGUGCUUGACCUAUCUCAUAAUAAUUUGAGGCGAAAUAUUCCUGAUUGCUUAGUGAUGGAGUCUCUCAAGGUAUUAAAUCUGCGAAAUAAUGCCUUGGAUGGUAGCAUUUUCAAUUUCCCCGAAACAUGUGCUUUGAAGACUUUGGAUCUCAGUAAUAAUGUAUUACAAGGGAAGUUCCCAAAGUCAUUGGCAAAUUGCAGAGCUCUGGAGGUUUUAGACGUGGGAAACAACCAGAUUGAUGACGUGUUUCCAAGUCGAUUGGAGAGCAUUGCAAGUCUACGUGUCCUUGUGUUACGAUCCAACAAGUUCCAUGGAGGGGUUGGAUGUCCGAAGUGUAAGGGCACUUGGAAGAUGCUUCAAAUUGCGGACAUCUCUUCCAACAAUUUCAGCGGCAUUCUGCUUGCUCAAUGCCUAACAACUUGGGAGGCUAUGAAGGCUAAUGUAGACAUCAAUCAUAUCCAGUAUCCAUUCCUUAGCUUGACUGGACUCUAUUAUCAGGACACGGUAAGCGUCACCAUCAAAGGUCUGCAAGUGGAGAUUGAGCUGGUGAAGAUCUUGACUCUUUUCACUUCAAUCGACUUCUCAUGCAACAAUUUCGAAGGUCCAAUCCCUGAUACUCUGGGGGAUCUGAAAACGCUUUAUUUCCUCAACUUAUCAAACAAUGCAUUCUCAGGGCCAAUUCCUCCAUCCCUAGGAAACUUGCAACCGCUUGAGUCCUUGGACCUUUCACGGAACGACCUCAAUGGGACGUUCCCCAAACAGCUUUUAGACCUUACUAAUCUUUCCUUCCUGAACCUCUCAUACAAUAAGCUAGUGGGAAGCAUCCCAGCAGUCAACCAAUUUGCCACCUUUGAAGCAAGUUCUUUCGAAGGCAAUGCCGGAUUGUGUGGACCACCACUGGAAACAAGUUGCUUUCCGCUCGAGAAAACUUGCUCAAUUGCCACGAACGGGAAGGAAGAAGAGGGUUGUGUUCCUACGGAAAGCUACACAAAUGACGACGGCAACAAUGAUGAUAGCGAGAAGAUGUGGUUUUACAUGGGCAUACCGUAUGGAUUCGUGGUUGGCUUCUGGGUAUUUUUUGGUCCGUUAGCGUUUAUCAGAUCAUGGAGGUUUGCUUACUAUCGAUUCUGGGAUAAAAUGCUGUUAAGACACUCGCGUCGAUGAAGAUUUCUGCUGAGGUUCAGUUAUUCAACUUGAAAAAUAGUAUUUUCCUUUGUUCUUCACUUCACAAUUCUCCACCACCUUUAAAAAGACAUUCCGUUUGUCGAUCCGCGUCAACGGUAUUUAAACUUCUGUUGCUUGUGCAGUUGGAUCCUUCAAUUUUUUUUUUUUUGGGAUCAA